UCUCCCCGACCCCCACUUUCUCUCUGCACUCUUCUGCCCCGACGGGAAAAAGUUAAAGAAGAAAGAAAACUUGAAAAAAACUCCGAAACCCUAGGCUACUCUUCGCGUCAAUUACCCAACAAUGGCGAAAGCCAAAGGCUCAAAUGACUCAUGGGACCGUGAAAAAUGCAACAAAAUAUUUAACGCUAUGGUCCACUUGUUGCAGAAUCAGCAGACGCAAAUUCAAUAUCUGGCUAAAGACAGGAAGCUUCUUGAAGACAUAGUUAAGUUACAGCAUGAACGCUGGACUUCUGAUGUUAAUCUUCUAAAAGAGCAUAUCUUCCAGAUGAGGAGGGAUUUGACCAUGCAAGAAAAGGAGCGCAUCGUUGAGGCUACUAAAGCUGAUAUGGUUAUGGGUUUGAAGUUGAGGGAGUCUUUCCUGUACAAGCAGAAAUUUGAAAAUGCAGAUAGUGAAUUGGCUGAUUUUAGGGAAUGGUUUGAACGCCUUGCUCGUAAGUGCUCGGAAAAGGAUACAUCUGCUGAUGUGAUUAAAAAAGGAGAAGAGCAUCGGUAUAAAGCUCUGGAGAGUAAUUUGAAAAGGCUGCAAUGUGAAAAUGAGAAGCUUAUGUUAGAUAAGAAUUCAGAGAUUUCUGCUCUGCUGGCUGAGAAGAAUUUUGUCUGGAACCAGUAUAACCUAAUGGAGACCAAUUUGAAUGAGCAAUUGAGACAGAAGUGUGCUGAUGUUGAAUCUGCAAAUGAGAAGAUAUGGGGGCUUCUGUCGAGCAUGGAGGAUAUGCAGUCUUCUAAUUCUGUAAAGGAUAGAAUGAUUGCAAGAUUAAACGAUGACAUUGCUAGGCUAAGAUCUGACUUAGUUAAAAAUGAUGAAGAAGUUUCCAGACUAUCUAGGGAGCUGGAGGCGUUAAGGAGGUUGAGAAAAGAUUCUAUGACCCCAGUGUUAGGUCGCUGCACAACUGAAUCUGGGAAUACCAACUCAAAAGCCAAGAGUGGGAUGACAGUAACGACAAAGAAAGAGUUAGAUUCUUCCCUUACACUUGAAAAGGGAUGCAAAAGUUCAAAGAGGAAAGCAGUUGAUACCAUUCAGGCCUCUAACACCCCCAAAUUGUUCACGUCCUCAUUUAAGGUUCCUAAGCUGAAGAAUUCAUCUCCAGCUGUCCAUUGACCUCCAUCACCAUUUUCUUCUAUUCUUUCAAUUUUUUUUUUUUUUUUUUUUUUUGUGCAAGAAGGCUAAGCUGUUUGUUUGUGCAUAUAGCUUUGAGUUAUCUAUGUCCUUGCUAAUCCUAGUGUAACUUUCCCCUUUCUUUUUGUGCAUUAAAUUAACAUGAUUUCUAGCUGAAAUCAGAUGUAGCUUUUAGUAUAUGUUAGGGGAGCGGUAGUCAAGUAAGAUAUGUAUAAGUUUGCAAACUGGGUUUCCCCUACUGGCCAGGGGGAAGACCCCCCUAGGGAGGACUUCCUGCUGCCACCAACUCCUGCCCAGCGCAGGUAGUCAGUCAUGUUUGUGUGUAGUGAAAUGUAGUGCAGGGAGUACGUCUGUUGUUGGUUCUUUGAAACUGGGAGCUUCAUCCUAAAUUAAUGUAUGUGGGAUCCUUGCACCACAUUGUGCGAGGCAACAAAAUACUUUGUAGUGAUGUUUAAUUCCCCCAACUAGUUCCACUCAACCACAUUGUAAAAUUUGGAAAUGUGUUAACGAGAAAUUUUGGUUAGAAUGCUACA